AUGCUUCCACCUCAGGCAGUCACGAUCACGAUCGUUAGUGUCAUUUUUCCGGUCCUUUCCGUCACCGCCGUGGCCUUACGCAUCUAUGCGCGCCGUCUGAAAGGCACCAGGCUGAACGCGUCUGAUUAUAUGAUUUUUUUCACAUUGGUAAGGCUACAUCGUGACGAUGAGGCAUCUGCGACUAAGAAUACACAGUUGAAUGCUGUACUCAACGCUAUCGCUUGUAUCAUCGGCGCGGUGGCUUGCGGUAUAGGCCUUCCCUUAGCCGGGCUCACACCCACUCUCAAGGUGCGGUUCCUCAAGAUACUCUUUGUUACGCAGUUUUUCUAUGUUUUCUCCGUGUGGAGUGUGAAAGCCUCUGUCUUACUAUUUUACCAAACGGUGUUCGCAACACCAGGAUUUCGUCGUGCCGUUAUCGCCACACAACUAGUCUUGCUUGCCUGGAUCAUUGCCUUCUUCUUCGUUACGCUCUUCCAAGAUAACCCUAUACCGCGCAACUGGGGAGAACCUGGCACGGCCAUCAAUUGGCGCAUCUUCUACAUCGUCGAGAUCGCGACAGAUGUUGCGCUGGAUAUUUUCAUUCUUUGCUUGCCCCUACCUGUGAUUCACAGGUUGCGUAUCAGCAAAAAGAAGAAAUGGCUCAUCAGCGGUGUGUUCUGGCUUGGUGCCGUAAUUGUCGUUGCUUCUACAGUACGUCUGUAUUAUAUGGUCAAGGUCAAGCAAGAAUUCCAAGACAACGAUGACGACUUCUCAUGUAAGGCCUACGAUCCUCUUGACCAGACUCUACGCUCACCUUUGACAGUCACUACUAUCAACACAAUCAUAUGGGGAUCAAUUGAGCCCUGCAUGUCAGUCGUUGCUGCAUGUCUACCCAUUUUAGGCCCCGUAUUCUUCAAGAACAAACGCGAGGAUGCUUCCAAACCCACCAAGACCAGCGCCAUGUCAUCCUAUUUCCGUAAAGUCACACUCGGUAGCAAGGGUCGUCAUCUUGGUGGAAACUAUUCGCGUGCCAUAGACUCCAUCGACCGACUACAAACUCAAGAGGAGAGCAUCUCAAUGAAAUCAUUGGUUCCUGGUGAACCUGAAAACGAUCAGACGAAGAGCGACGCUCCUGCCAUCUACGUACAAAGGGGAUUCUCGGUCAAAGGGUCGAGGUAG